UCACUACUCCACAGCCUUCAUGUCUGACAGCACAGAGGGAAGAACAAGAACAAGUAGGAAACUGACCGACGCCUUUUCUGACUUUUGGACGCUGCGGGGAACUUUUUGUCCAUGUCACCAGCAAACCUGAGUCCAGGACACCCAUCAGCCUGUAGCAAAGCUCUUUGCGUUUUCCACGGAUUAAUUUAACCAGACCGGGAUUCGAUAACCUGGUUAUGGAUUUUAACCUGCUGACGGACAGUGAAGCCCGCAGCCCAGCGCUGUCGCUCUCCGACUCUGGGACUCCGCAGCACGACCAGGGAUGUAAAGGCCAGGACAACAGCGACACAGAGAAAUCCCACCAGAACCAGCUGGAUGAGUCCAGUGCUGAGGACGGCUCUCUGAAGAAGAAGCAGCGGCGGCAGAGGACUCACUUCACUAGUCAGCAGCUCCAAGAGCUGGAGGCCACCUUCCAAAGAAACCGCUAUCCCGACAUGAGCACCAGAGAGGAAAUCGCAGUGUGGACCAACCUCACUGAGGCACGAGUCAGGGUAUGGUUCAAGAACCGCCGUGCUAAGUGGAGAAAGCGGGAGAGGAACCAGCAGGCAGAGUUAUGCAAAAAUGGCUUUGGUGCCCAGUUCAACGGACUCAUGCAGCCCUAUGAUGACAUGUAUACGGGCUACUCCUACAACAACUGGGCCACCAAGAGCCUAGCAAGCAGCCCACUCUCUGCCAAGAGCUUCCCAUUCUUUAACUCAAUGAAUGUAAGCCCCUUGUCAUCCCAGCCCAUGUUCUCUCCCCCCAGCUCCAUCCCCUCCAUGAACAUGGCCUCUAGCAUGGUGCCCUCAGCGGUGGCCGGGGUUCCCACUACGGGGCUCAACAACUUGGGCAACCUCAACAACCUCAAUAGCCCUACUGCGCUCAACACGGUGGCAGUGACUGCAGCCACAUGCCCCUAUGCCACCACGGCAAGUCCCUACAUGUACAGAGACACCUGCAACUCCAGUCUGGCCAGUCUGCGGCUCAAGGCCAAGCAGCACACCAACUUUACUUAUCCAGCAGUGCAGAAUCCUGUGUCCAACCUGAGCCCCUGCCAAUAUGCUGUGGACCGGCCGGUAUGAAGAAGAAACGCAGAUGACGACCCCUGACCCAACUGACCAGCUGUAAGUUACUAUUACCCCACUUCACAUCUCUUCAGUUCCAUCUCCAAACUGCCAGAUGUGGUGCAGACUGGCCGAUCAUGUUUUGAUGGUACACAAAGAGAAUAAUCUUCAAAACUGACACAACAAAUAGAUAUGCCCAGAUGGACCACUGCGCUUCAAAGGAAUUCUUUCCAGUUUGUGAGACUUUGUUGCUGAACUGACCAACUGCUUCAAAGGAUUUCUAAAGCUUAUAUCCAUUAUCAUUUUUUUCCUUCUUUUGAAUUGCAUGAUUAGUGUAAAUGUAGAAUCCAAGAUUAAAUAAAACAUGGAAUCUUCAACUGGA